AUGUCAGAGUGGACGCACGAGACGCUCCUCGCGCACCUCUCGUACGGCUUCUCCAUCAGCCGCUACACCCUCCCGCCUCCCAUCCCAUCCACUCCCCUCCCCCGCGAAGAAACAGCAGCAUCCACAUCCUCCAUCGGCGCCCUCGACGCCCUCCCCCUCGAGCUCCUACACCUCAUCCUCGAACGAACAGACGUGCUCACCCUCCUACGCUUCGCCCGCACCUCGCUACGCGCAAAAUCAGUCGUCUCAUCCCUCCACAUCUACAACGUCCUGCUCGCCCACGCCCCAGAAGCCCUCCGACAGCUCGCCCUGUGCCAUCUACUAUCACAUCACCAAACACUCACCAUCUACCAGGCACUGAUAUCCACCGCUUGCUCGUCCUGCCACCAGUCCACGCGAGCAACGCAUUUCUACCUCCCCUCUGCCCAACGAGUAUGCUUUAGCUGUCUACGCAUGAAUCCGGGCCUAUGGCUUGUUCCGCUCUCCCUCGCCAGACGCUGUUUCAAGCUCAGUGCCUCGUCCACCGCGAAGCUUCCCCUGGUACGUUUCCAACAUGCCACCACCACCGCCAACGCCAACGCAGACACCACAGACAAUAGCGAAUGUACAGGUGAAGCCUGGAAGAAGAAGAAGCGUAAGCCUGAGCCGUGCGUGUCUGUGCGAGACGCUCGUCGUCUGGCAGAGAGCGUGCAUGGGUCCAUGGAGGAAGUAUACCGCCUCCAUACCCAGGGUGGAAUGCGCGCUUCCUGUCUAAUGGAAGGCUACGUGAUGCAGUUCCUACGUGAUGCGCCGUGCACCCCAUUCACCCCGUCCUUGCUAGCUUCUACCGGCUGGUGGGAGGAGAUAGCAGAGUACCUUGUUCGUCUACUUGGUGAUCUGGGCGUUGCGGCUAGAGAAAGCGUGGUUUUACCUUGGCCUGAUGCCAGCAUGGUACCUCCUUCGUCUUCGAAACUACCACUAGCAGCAGCGGGUGUGAAUACCGUGGAAGCGUUCUGGUGUCAAGGCUGUUCUAAGCUAGCCAAGUGGUAUCUGCAAGGCAUGCUGGAUAAAGAGGCCUGUUCGAAGCUAGUGCCUGGUGUGUCGGAUGGGUUCGAAACCAUCGAGGCGUUAUAUGCGCUGUCUAUGCGGGUUUGGUCUAGAGAUGAGUUCUGGCGCCAUAUCUCUACUUGCUACGCCGUGCAGCAUGACAUGCCACACGUCAGGCUAGCCGUGGCCCAGCUACCCAGCUACCUAACGGGAAAUAGGGGAGUUAAAUAA